AUGCUCAGGGUGGAAGAUAUCCCUUCCACCUUCAUCGACAAACUCCCAGAGGACAUUGCUGUCCAGGCACUUCUAGCAGCGUAUCUUACACACGGUGCACCAGAUGAACUGCCAAAAUACGAGCUAUGGCGCAAGUCAUGGCCCAGCCGGAAAGACUUCGAAGACAGCAUGCCGAUCCUGUGGCCAUCCGUUCUGGGAGGACCACAGUUGCCCAGCAGCAAGGACGAUGCCCCGACUGACUCAGAGCAGCCAAGUCUUCUCCCCCAUUACCAGAACAUUCUUUCGCAGCAGGCUCAGCGCCUGCGCAAAGCGUGGUCCGAUGUCAUUUCUGCCUUCCCGGAUACCAACUGGGAGGCAUUCUCCUACAACUGGUUGAUUGUGAAUACCAGGAGCUUUUAUUGGAUUGGCGAGGGACAGGAAACGCCGGAAGACCCUAAUGAUGCGAUGGGGCUGGUGCCUUUUGCUGAUUACUUCAACCAUGCCGAUGUUGCUCGUGAUGUCAAAUUUGAUGAGAAUACAUAUGUAUUCCGUGCUACGAAAGAUUAUGAGGAGGGCGAUGAAGUGUUCAUGAACUAUGGCAGUCAUCCGAAUGAUACUUUACUAGCAGAAUAUGGCUUCUUUCUUGAUGUGAAUGAAGCAGAUUCGAUCUACCUUGACGAUAUCAUUUUCCGGGACAUCCAUUCCGCCGAACAACAAGAGGACUUGUGGCUGAAUCAAUAUUAUGGUAACUAUCAAGUUACUCCCCAUGGACCCUGUUACCGCACAGAGGUCGCUGCAUGCCUGAGUUAUAUGAAGGAGGAGGAUUGGCGAAACCAUGUUCUUGAAGGCCAAUCACAGGGCUUAGAUGAGGGUCGAUCUGAGGCCACCAUCAAAAGGUGGAUUCUGACAUAUGCCGCAGAGGCAGAUGCAACUAUAACGGCGCUGCAGAAGGCCAUGGGACUCAACACCGCUGUUCAAGCACAUCGUUCAAAAGCAGAGAUGUUGCUGAGACGGUGGAGGCAGAUCAAGGAUCUCUGCGAUCAUGCGGCCAAAACGGUCUCUGUAUAG